AUGUAUUCCCAAGGUUUGACAUCCGAGAAGCAUCAUCAGGCGGAGAACGAAACUGGAAGCCUUUUGAGUGCACACGGGCACCCAGACUCCAGCCGAGAGUCAGACGAAAGCCUUGACAUCCAUAGCCCAAUUUGCCGACAAUCACGGUGGAGGGAACAUGUUAUCCGCGGAGCCAUUGCCAUCUUUUCCAUCACAGUCGGUAUUGCAGCGGGUUGCUACCUCACAAGAAGCAGCUCCAACUCCAAUGAGCCAACGUUGAAAGACUUUGGCAUCAACCCCAAGACGCCCUUGCCACGAGAGAUCUUUACCGACAGGCGAGAUGUCCCUUUCAUCGCCCACAAGGAGUUCAUUGGGCCAUCAAAGGAAGCUGACAGGAAUUGGGACCGGAUAACGAUAGGCUCCGACUCCAUCUACCUCCCCGAUCCCUCCGCCUACGGUCUCCAAGACCCCGGCAUCCGCGCCCCCUUUUUCAUGUUCAAUACCCCUCCUUCCUCCGCCGCCUCGUUGACCAACCUCAACAACUUCUACGUCCUCAACACCAUGCACCAACUCCACUGCGUUAAUGUCGCCCGGCAGCGAUACAAUCAGCUCGUGUACAAGGGAAUCAACGCUCUCUCGGGCUCUUUUGUGGAUGAUGACUGGCUGGAACACUUGGAGCAUUGCUUCGAGUAUCUCAGGUUAAGCAUUAUGUGUGCCGAUUACAUGACGCUGGAGAGCGACUCGCCGCCGGGAAGCCCGGAGGAGUAUACUAAGGGGAACUUGGGAUGGGGGGUGGUGCAUAGUUGUAUUAACUGGGACAGGCUGAUGGAGUAUCAGAGGGAGAUGGUGGGGGUUUACAAUGGGACUUGGGACGGGUCUAACGGACCUUAG